GCCGCAUCUCCAAUCGCUCCUCAACUCCACGCGUCAAAAUGAUCUUCCAGCUCCCUCGCUUCAGCUCAUCUUAGACACUGGUUGAGAUCUUGUCUGAAACCACCGAAACUCUCAUUUAAGGUCUAUGACUGUAUUUAGAUGAACCUCGACAAUGGUUCGUCUUUUUCAUGCCUCAGGGUGCAGUCUGCUAUUUCCAAUUAUGAAGAACCUCAGGUCGCAAAUUCUGCCACUGUAUCUGUCCUAUUAGCGCCAACAGCGGCAACGAUUCUGCUCAUAGGCCCGGCCAUUAUCAGAUGCCCUUUGCUGACUUUGCCAACGAAAUCUGCGUACUUCUUCACCAGAGCGGGCUUCUUUUCUCUUGCUCUUAUUGCGCCUCUGGCAGCUUGCGCGACACACUGGGCGAGUCAGAUCAGAAGAAGCAUCCUUCAUUAUGAAGGAAUCAAUCCCCAAAAUUUCAGAUAUGCAUAACUGAUGCAAACAAGGGGGAAGAUCACGUUCCGGUGGAGACUCUCGAUUGCCUGCAUCAGCUCAAGAAGGCUUUCGAGAAAAGGAACCAGCCUAAGUAUGUUGCGGGGCUUGAGAACGUCAUACGGGAGUGUGAAGGGUGUGCUGCAAAGAAUAAAGAAGCGAGAAACGUUCGCUAUACGGUUGAGGCGUGAAACAAGGGAAGAUAAGUCGUCGAAGACAAACGCGCCUUGUUACGGCGAGCCGAUCUUCAGCAAAAUCGAGAUAUGUCGUUGUCCAGACUGAGCUUAUUUGAAUCAGAGGUUCGCUGGCGCAUGUGAUACAUACAGGACUAAUGUGAUCAAGCUGCAAACUGUUCCC